UGUGCGUGAUGAUUCUAUCCCUGAUCAACUGAGUGGGAUUACCUUAGCAAGAGCUGGAAAAACUACUUUGGACCAUAAAACUCAAAAGAAGAAGAAGAAGAAGAAGAAGAAGAAAACUACUUUGGACAACACGCUGUGCAAAGCUGGUUUUCUGUUCUGGGCAUUGUACAGUAGAUAGAACAGAUCUUAGCAAUGGGCUCUGGACAUUAUUACCUCAGUGUUCUUCUGGUGCUGCAUGUUCUUGUUCACCAGACUGAUGGCAAACGGGCACCUUGGCUGCCACCUACGAUUACCCACGAUAGGAUUUGGACGAGUCCCUCAGAGAGAUCUACUAGCUCUAUGAAUCUUCUUCCACCAGAAGUGGGAAUUCAUGGUGGCUCUUUGCGGGGGUCACAGCAGCAGCAGCAGCAGCAGCAGCAGCAGCAGCGCCCUGUUCAAGAGCCAGUGCAGAGCCAGCAAGUCCUGCAAGGCCCCAAGGAGAAGCAGGCUGCGUGGAGCUUCCCCACAAUGCCAAAGGAACCAGUGGAGCCAGAGGCCCCACAUGAAGCACCCAAGCAGCGGCAGCCUGUUGAGUCGGUGGCCGUGAGGUGUGGGGAGGCCGACGUGCUGGUAGAAGUUCAUCAAAACUUUUACGGCACGGGCCAACUGAUCGAGCCGGCGGAUAUAUUUCUGGGCGACUGCCCUGUCUCGGCGGUAGACGUUUCUGACCAGAUCCUCAUCUUUGAGUCUGAGCUGCACAAAUGUGGAAGCAGAUUUGAGAUGAAGGAGGAUGAAUUGCUUUAUACCUUCAAUCUUGUGUAUCAACCAAAAGCUGUUGCUGGAGCUCCUAUUCUGAGAACAGCUGGUGCUACAGUUGACAUUGAAUGUCGUUAUCCAAGGGUGCACAAUGUAAGCAGCAACGAUCUGAAGCCCACCUGGGUUCCUUUUGUGGCCACUAAGACUGCGGAGGAGGUCCUGGUGUUCGGAUUGAGGCUCAUGACCGAUGACUACAAGUUUGAACGAAGCCCCAGUACAUUGUUCCUGGGAAGCAUGCUGCAUCUUGAAGCCUCAGUUAUCCAGUACAGCCAUGUACCGCUGCGCGUGUUUGUCCAUUCCUGUGUGGCCACAGCAGCUCCAGACAUGAACUCCUUACCUAGAUAUCAAUUUAUUGAGAAUCAUGGGUGUCUGGUGGAUGCCAAGGUGACUGCCUCCAGGUCUCAGUUCCUGCAUAGAGCUGAAGAUGACAAGUUGAGGUUUAAACUAGAGGCCUUUCGAUUUGCAGAGGAAGAUGGUUCAUCAAUCUACAUCGCCUGCAAGUUGGUUGCAACAACUGCAAUGACCAAGACUGACCACAAGGCUUGCUCCUACUCAGCGGAUCGAUGGACCAGUGCUGAUGGGAAUGAUGAGGAAUGCCUGUGCUGUGACUCCACCUGUGGAACGUCAAGAGAAGAUGAGCAGUGGGAAUCAGAGGCUCAUUUGGGACCCUUGGCAAUAAGAGAUCAAAGUAAGCCGACGCCCCGCCUCCAUCCCCUUCAACCUCCAUCUCCUUCAACCUCCUUCUCCGGAUGCCCUGGUUCCCUGCUCCGCUUCAGCCGCCUUCAGCCUUAUCCCCAAGAGCCACCGUCACCACAACAUACAAAAGCCAGUGUUGACUGGGAGGCUUACUGUGUGGAGCAGGUUCCUGGAGGAGGUCACGAGUCACAGAUCUUAACAAUGGGUUUCCAGGUUUGGCCUAGUGUUAGUUUGGUGCUGGUGUUUCUCGUGCUCCACAUUGAAGCUGCUGGUGAACCGUUUUGGCGUAUUCCUACGAGCGAAGAUGGUUGGAAAAUUACAAGGUGGUCAAACUAUCGUCCUCAACGAGAGGGUGUUAAUGAAGGCGGUCUUGGUAAGUUUCUGAGGGCUCCGAAACCUUGGCAAGAGCCGGUCGCCACCCAAGAACCUCUCACUGUGCAGAAACCCAGGCUUGUCACCCCCGUCCAGAAGUCUGUCACCAGUAAGUCUGAAUUGAGCUCACUACACAAAAAUGGCUGGGUAUUGCCAAGCUGGUUUAACUAUCGUCCUCUACACGAGGAGGAGGAGGAUGAUGUGGAAGAAGCUCUUGGUACAUCACUGAAGACUCUGAAGAACACCACCCAAGACCCCAUUGCCUUCACCCAGGAUCCCGUAACUGUUCCAGAGCCUGUAACCACCGAGAGGCCAAAGCCCAUCACCACAAAGAAGCCCAGGCCAGCCACCACCAAGACGUCUGUCAUCACCAAGACGUCUGUCAUCACCCAGACACCCAGGCCAAGCACCACCAAGAAGUCUGUCACCCAGAAGCCAAAGUCUGUCAUCACCCAGACACCCAGGCCAACCACCACCACCACCACCCAAAAGCCCAGACCAGUAAUUGCCCAGGGCCCCUCCAUUGAUCAGUCUAAACAAACGCUACAGAACCAGCUUGUGUGGCGUUUCCCACAGAUGUCGGAGAUCCCUGAGCCCCCAAGGGCCUCAGUCGUUCACGAAGAGCAGGAGCCAGCGGACUCUGUGGGGGUGACUUGUGGUGCGGAUUAUGUGCAGGUGCGGGUCAACCAGGACUUCUAUGGUACUGGCAAGCUGAUUCAGUCUGAACAAUUAUCCUUGGGGGACUGUCCAGUUACAGGAGAGUUUUCCUCUGCACAGCUCUUCGUUUUUCAGUCGGAGCUGCAUGGAUGUGGCAGCGAACUUGAGAUUUCUGAAGAUGAACUGGUUUAUACCUUUGAUCUUACCUACACCCCAGAAGAUCAUGGAGUUAAUAUAUUCAGAACAUCCGGUGCAACUGUUGCAGUUUCCUGCCAUUAUCCAAGGCAGCAUGUUGUGAGCACUGAUGCCCUCCUGCCCAGAUGGCUUCCUUUUGCCGCCACUAAAACUGCGGAGGACAUUCUGGUGUUCACUCUGAGGCUCAUGACAGAUGACUGGAAGUUUGAGCGAGUCAACAAUGAGUACAACCUGGGAAGCAUGCUGCACGUUGAAGCCUCAGUUAUCCAGUACAACCAUGUGCCGUUACGAGUGUUUGUCCAUUCCUGUGUGGCCACUACCGUCCCUGAUGUCAGAGCGCUGCCAAGAUAUUCAUUCAUUGAGAACCAUGGGUGUCUGGUUGAUGCAAAGCUGACUGGAUCCAGAUCUCGGUUCUUGCCCAGGACUGUAGAGGACAAACUGCAGUUUGAGCUGGAAGCCUUCACAUUUGCAGAGGCGGAUGAUCCCACUAUCUAUAUUACCUGCGGGUUGGUAGCAAUUGCUGCCUCAGCAUAUUCUGACCACAAGGCUUGUUCCUAUGCUGCUGAUGGAUGGACCAGUGCUGAAGGCUAUGACGAUGUGUGCUUCUGUUGUGACUCCAACUGUGAAGACAUGGCUCCUAUAAAUCCUGUGGAUGUAUCUGAAGGUGACCAAUGGGAAGCUGAGGCAGUUCUGGAGGUCAAAGUUAAUGAGGCCUACUGA